AUGCGUGCCAUGCAAUCGAUGGCAACAUCCACACAAAUUGGUAACGGGCUACUGCUUCACUUGGUCGUUUCAAAGCUAGACCAUGAAACGCAAGUGAAAUGGGAAGAAGAAGUGGCUGCGAAGUGGGACCGACCAUCACACCAGGUAUCCCUCAUGCUGCCAGCAUGGGAAGAUCUUGCAGCGUUCCUCGAACGUCGUUGCCAACUCAUCGAUAUCAUCGAUCACAGCGCUACUUCAACCAAAUCGUCGCAUCGGUCACCAGAACCAACAUCAUCGUCGCAAUCAAAGUCUCGUCAAUCACCAAAGCAAGUAUCGUUCAUCACCACCAAUAAACCAAAAUGCAAUUUGUGUGAAGGCUCUAUCAGUCAUAAUGCCUUCAACUGUUCCGUCUUCAUGAAGCUGACACCAGUACAACGCUACGACGUAGCAAAGAAGAAGAGUCUGUGCUUAAACUGUUUGGGUCCGAAUCAUUCGUCGAAAGACUGUCCGUCCACGCAUAGAUGUCAAGUUUGUCGGGCGAGUCAUCACACUCUAUUGCACCGUUCGCAACCAACCACAACCAAUCCACAAUCAUCGUCUUCGCCACUGACACCGUCCAACACCAUGAAGUCAACUUCGACACCAACAGUGCUUCAGGUUUGUGACAGCAACCAAGAGGUUCUACUUGCGACUGCCGUGAUUCAGCUUCGUAGUCAAUCGGGUACAACGAUUUUCGCUCGUGCACUGCUUCAUUCCGCCUCGCAGUUGCAUUUCAUAACUGAGCGCUCGGCUCAGUUACUUCGUGUACAUCGCAAAAAGGUUCCACUGGAAAUCAGUGGCAUAGGAUUAUGCGGAUCAGGGUCGCAGUUCCUAUGCAAGGUGGAGAUACGCUAUCAACACACAGCAUAUUCAUCGACCAUAGAUGCGGUCAUCAUGAACGCAAUAACGACAUGCCAACCGCGCACACCACUGAACACCAUCGCAUGGAACAUACCAAAGAACAUCAACUUGGCUGACGAUAAUUUCAACAAGCCAGGCCCAGUUGAUCUUCUGCUUGGAGCGAGCAUUUUUUAUGACUUGCUGUUGAUUGGACAGAUCAAGUUGGGCGACAAUCUGCCUGUCCUUCAAAAAACGAAGGUUGGGUGGGUGGUCGCUGGAGCUGUCAUAAUCCCACCACUUAUAUCUUCGGCGUCAUUGGUCGCAUCAUACACCACUUCAGUAGGCACCGACUGCAUACUAUCUAACGCAUGGCCACCGCAAAUCUCCUUUGAUUCGAAGGUAACGGAAGCUUCGUCACUCACCUUGGAACCGUCACUUGAUCAGAUUUUGGAAAGGUUUUGGCUUAUCGAACACAAUCCACAUCAAACACCACCAAGUCUAACUGCUGAUGAAAUUGAGUGCGAAAAAUUCUUCGCAGCGACGACAAAGAGAUGCCCCAACACCAAUAAGUUCAUCGUUCGUUUGCCUUUUAAGGAAUCACCACAGUCAUUGGGCAGCUCGUAUGAUAUAGCACAAAAACGACUAGUGUCUAUCGAAAUCAAACUUCGUCGCAACAAAUGUCUCGAGCGAGACUACUAUUCCUUCAUGAAAGAAUACAUCGAGCUUCAUCACAUGAUUUGCAUACCUCACCCUGGUAGCUUCGUAAACUACAUACCACACCAUGCAGUCGUGAAGUUGGAUAGCAGCACCACCAAACUUCGCGUCGUGUUCGAUGCGUCGUGUCGUACAUCUAACGGCAAAUCACUCAACGACAUUCUUCGAGUUGGACCUACAGUGCAAGAUGAUUUGUUUUCAAUUCUCCUUAGAUUCAGAAGGCAUGUCUUUGUGCUGAUGGCUGACGUCGCAAAGAUGUAUAGACAAAUCAUCGUGGACAAGCAAGAUGCACAAUGGCAAUGCAUUUUGUGGCGCGAUGAGAUAACCGACCGCAUAAUCACAUUCCAGUUACAAACAGUGACCUACGGUACGGCAUGUGCGCCCUACUUGGCCACAAAGUGUUUGCAGCAGCUGGCAUGCGAACACAUGUCAUCUCAUCCAAUCGGCGCUUACGCCGUCCAUAACGACUUUUAUGUAUGA